UUCCCUGACCACUUCUUCCAACACUGGAACGGAUAUAAUGUCAUGCCCCCUCUGCAUGAUCCUGUUCCUGUCGGGGCACUCUGCCCGCAGUUCUACGGGUAUUACACACCCGAUAAAUCAGCUGACGGCAAGGAUCCUAGUGACUAUUUGAGUCCGAUCUUACUCCUGGAGUACUGUGGCAAGGAGAUAGACCCGGAGGAGUUGUGCACGGACGACAAGCAAGAAUGCGCGUCGCUUGUCUUUCGCUUUCAUCAUGCGGGGUGGUUGCACGAGUCUUUCGCAGCGCGAAACAUUCUGUGGCAGCAGGGCAAGCCAACGGAGUGGCCAAUUCAGCGGCCAUCAUCGACUAAGAGCUUCCGCCUGAUAGACUUUGGUAGAUCGAGAAAAUUGGAUAGCUCAUUAACAAGGGCGUCCGAGGAAGACGCAGCCUUGCGCCUGCUCCACCUGUUGCAUCAUGCGCAAUAA